UCCGUGUGUGUGAUUGCACGGUACCUUGGUGAAAUCACAUGCUCUUCCUGGCGAGCUAUAGGGACAGGAGAGGAGAGAAAGAGCCUCGGAGGGAGUACGCUCCAGCAACACUACAGCAGCUUCAGCUAACAGUGUUCCAUUGAGCGAGGACCAAAAUGGAUGUUUUCAUGAAAGGAUUGUCCAAAGCGAAGGAAGGAGUAGCUGCUGCAGCUGAGAAAACCAAGCAGGGAGUAGCAGAAGCGGCAGAGAAGACUAAAGAGGGAGUGCUAUAUGUUGGCUCCAAAACCAAAGAAGGUGUUUCAAGUGUUGUCUCAGUGGCUGAGAAGACAAAGGAGCAGGCUUCUUUGGUGGGCGGUGCUGUUAUCACUGGGGUCUCAGCUGUGGCUCAGAAGACAGUGGAUGGAGCUGGGAAUAUUGCAGCAGCCACUGGCCUGGUGAAAAAGGAAGAUUUACCAUCUGAAGAACUAAAGCCUGAAGAGGUUGGGGAAGAAGCUGUUGAAAUCAUGGGAGAAAAUACAAUGGAAUCAGAAGGUGAAGUUGAACCUGAAACUUAUGAAGAGGCUCCACAGGAGGAGUAUCAAGAAUAUGAACCAGAGGCAUGAAGCACAAUGUGACCAACAAGAUAAUAAAAGAAAUUCAUAUAAAAUGAUUAACGUAAUUGUCUUCUAUUGAUCCAAUGAUUCUUUAACUUUUGUUAUUUUGUUAUACAGUAUAAAAGAACCUUUUGUUAGUCAUACUGGUGUUAUACAAUUUUAUCUGCCAUGGCUCAUUACACUGACUCACUCCCACUGAAAUGAGACCUUGACUUUGUAGAGAUGGCAUUGUUUUCAAACUGUUUCGAUGUGUGAUUUUAUGUUUUGAAAAAGGACCAACGUUAUUGCAAACUUCAGGUUUGAACUUCAAAUUAAAUAGCUGUCUAGCUGUAUAUUGCUUGUAUGUGUUUCAUAUUGACUGACUUUUUAUACAUUGUAUAACUUCAAUGUUGUUGUAAUCAUCAAAUGGGAGCUGAGUGAAAUGUUUAAUUGUCUGAAUUGUGGCAUAAAAAGUGUCCAAGUGAGCCCCAGAUGAAGCAGCUUGAACAGGGCUGUGUCUGUGUUGAGAAGGAUUACCUGUACAUAAAGUGAUA